CCCCGCGGAAAACUCACACAGGGGCUGAGGGGCUGCAGGAAACAUCAGAAGAUCAAGUACAGUGACUUGUGUGUAGGGGGAGAGCACCGCGAACCGACGUGUUUGUUUGUUUCCUAACAACACCUUGCUGGAGAAAUGCACAAUGGUUAAGAGUGCUCACUGCUUCUGCGGAGGACGGGAGCUCGGUUUCCGGGUAGGGCAGCUCACAACCGCCCUUACCUCAGGCUGCAGGGUGAUCUGCCGCCUUUGGCUUCCUGGCACCUGCCUUCACGCGUACGAACCCACACAGACACACGGAUUAAAGACUCAAGAGAGGCCGUUUACUCGGAGGGCGUGUGACGCACCGGCGGGGCUGAGCUCGGGGCCCGCGGCGGCGGAAGGAAGGAAGCGCGAGCGCUGGCCGGGAUCGGCAGAGACUGUGCGCCCGGGGGAGGAGCCUGAGCGGCCGGGCAGCGGGCGCUGCGGCCCAGCCAUGUCGGCCGAGGAGAUGGUGCAGAUACGCCUGGAAGACCGCUGCUACCCGGUGAGCAAGAGCAAGCUGAUCGAACAGAGCGACUAUUUCCGCGCGCUCUACCGCUCCGGCAUGCGGGAGGCCGUGCGGCCCGAGGUGGGCCCGGAGGUGCAGCAGCUGCGCGGCCUGAGCGCUCCGGGCCUGCGGCUGGUGCUGGACUUCAUCAACGCGGGCGGCGCGCGCGAGGGCUGGGGCCUGAGCGAGGACGAGCUGGCCGAGGCUAGUGUGCUGUCCGAGAUGGUGGAGGCCGCGUCCUUUCUGCAGGUCACGGCGCUGCUGCGCUUGCUGCUGUCGCAUGUGCGUCUGGGCAACUGCCUGGAGCUGUACCGCCUGGCGCAGGUGUACGGGCUGCCCGACCUGCAGGACGCCUGCCUGCGCUUCAUGGUGCUGCGCUUCCACCAGGUGCUGUGUCAGCCGCAAUUCCCGCUACUGCUGUCGCCGCCGCAGGCCCCGGGGGACUGUAGCCUGAAGCAGAGGCUGAGGGAGGCCCGCAUGCGCGGGACCCCGGUCCUGGUGGCCCUGGGGGACUUCCUCGGGGGACCCCUGGCCCCGCACCCGUAUCAGGGGGAACCCCCGUCCAUGCUUAGGUACGAGGAGACCACGGAGCGCUGGUUCCCCCUGGCCAACAACCUGCCCCCCGACCUGGUGAACGUCAGGGGCUACGGCUCAGCCAUCUUGGACAACUACCUGUUCAUCGUGGGUGGUUACAGGAUCACCAGCCAGGAGAUCUCUGCCGCACACUCCUACAAUCCCACCACCAACGAGUGGCUGCAGGUGGCCUCCAUGAACCAGAAGCGAUCUAACUUCAAACUUGUGGCCGUCAAUUCGAAGCUUUAUGCCAUCGGUGGGCAGGCUGUUUCUAAUGUGGAGUGCUACAAUCCCGAGCAAGAUGCGUGGAAUUUUGUGGCUCCCCUGCCAAACCCUCUGGCUGAGUUCUCUGCCUGCGAGUGCAAGGGGAAGAUUUAUGUCAUUGGUGGAUAUACCACCCGAGAUCGAAACAUGAACAUCCUGCAGUACUGCCCCUCUGCUGACCUCUGGACGCUGUUUGAGACCUGUGACGUCCAUAUCCGCAAGCAGCAGAUGGUGUCUGUGGAGGAGACCAUCUACAUCGUGGGUGGGUGUCUCCAUGAACUGGGGCCCAACCGCAAGAGCAGCCAGAGUGAGGACAUGCUCACUGUGCAGUCCUACAACACCGUCACUAGGCAGUGGCUCUACCUGAAGGAGAACACGUCCAAAUCGGGUCUGAACUUGACGUGCGCACUGCACAAUGACGGAAUCUACAUUAUGAGCAGGGACGUCACCCUGUCCACCAGCCUGGAGCACCGAGUGUUUCUCAAGUACAACAUCUUUGCCGACAGCUGGGAAGCCUUCCGGCGGUUCCCAGCCUUCGGACAUAACUUGUUGAUUUCCUCUCUCUAUCUGCCCAAUAAAGCAGAGACCUGACUGAUUCAACAGUAUUUAAAAGAAAAAUCUGGUUCAAGGGGGAAAAGAAAGCAGGCCUUUGAAAUACUGACUCCUGAAGGGACAAAGUGGGCUAACGUAGGUCACAGGUAUGUAGGCAGCUCAGCUGUAAAUAAGCUUUCUUGAACUAAUUACUUGAAAACUUGGGGUAAAGAGACCAACCCCAUUCUUUUCAGAUUGUUUUUUUGUAUCAUGGGAACAAUUGUCACUAUAAGUAUUCAUCCAAACUUAACAGUCUUGGGCCAACAACUAAAACCCACCAUUAGAAGGUAGACUGCUAGGGUAUACUUUGUAUGGGCCAAGGUCAGUAGCUAACCUAAUAGUAAUGGUUUUGUUGUGUUUUUUCCUGCUGGGAAUGGAAUCCAGGGCCUCCUGAUAGUCGCAGAAAAAGAUGACUUUAAAAAAUGCUCUUUCUUCAGGUCACCUGAGAUCUCCUCAGUAGGGACUUUCCUUUUGGCGAUCAGUUCAUUUGACAAGCAUUAGGAUCCGUCCACCUACUUAGCCUCUGGCUCCCUUGUUACCCACCUCUCUGGGCAGACAUUUUAUCAUACAUUUGCUUUCAGAAACCAUAACAGGUGUGUCCGACCUUUUGACAUUUAGAAAUCAUGUUUUCAUUUAUAAACUUUGUGCACACUUGAGUUACCUUUAGAAAGGUUUCUUAAUGUUCUAAGUAAGUUCCUGAUGAAUUGGCUGCUUUGCAGCAGUCCUUGGAGCCCACAAGCUAUGGCUGCUUUGCCUGCUAGGCAAGGGCCAGACAGAGAAUCCACACAAGUAGCCAGUUCAUCCACAAAUGUGGACAAACACGUUUUUAGCCACUUUCCCAGUCUUUGUGCAAUGGAGAAUGCUGUCUAACGUAGACUAGUGACCCUCUUAUCUUGUGUGUGGCAACUGAGGGUCUGUGCGGGUCACCACAGCUGCAUUGUGAGGUCUUUGUUUUUAGCAGAUUGCUGUAAACAUUUUAUAAGCUGAGUCUUAAAUGAGGGGAGUACUGCAUAAGGAAAGGUGCCUGUAUGAGUUACUUUUAUUGAAUGUAUUUGACUUAGUUCUUGUUUUAAGACAAAAAGCAAAGCUAAACCAACUUUUGCACAUUUAUGCGAGGUUUCCUCCUAGUUGGAUCUUAGCCUUAGAUGUGCACCUGUGUUUUGCCUUUUUAAGGGAAGGAUGGCUGUAGAUGGCUGUGUGCUAGAAAGCGGGGGAGAUGUUCUUUACAGACGUGGGAUGGCCUCUGCUAACAUUUCUGAACUGAGGUGAAGGGCUAGCCUCAGCGCUCUCAUGCCAGCAGCGGUGAAUAGCUGCACACCUGCCAAUCAUGGGCCUGAGUUUCUUAAAGACUCAAAGGCCCACUUAGUGUGCACCAGAGGCCCCAGGUUUAAUCUCCCGCAAUUACAGCAACAGCAACAGAGUCCUCACCUACAGGAACUUUGGUUGGAGAGAAUUUGCUGCAGCCACCUGCUGUCUUGUAAUGGAGACUGUUUGGUUAAGGACUGGACUCCGCCUCUGCACCCGCAGCAGGCAGCCAUCUUGCAUAUUUAAGAAAACUCCAUUGAAAAUCAAGCACUACAGGCAGAUUCUUCCUGGUUCCUUGCACAGCUGCUUUCCAGGUGGCUGGGCAUGGGGGAGGGGAAGCUGACCCCUAGUAGGUCUUCAGUGUUAAUGAGGGAGUCACUUAAAGGGUUUUUUACAGCCAUGCCUCUAAUACAGCCUGAGAGCCUAGUUAUAAAAUUCUUCUUUGCACAGCCGUUUAGAAGCUCUGUUAGUCUUUAUUUGGGACAUGGUGACAGUUCUUAAGUGUCUUAUCAUGAAAUCUACCAUUAUCCAAUCAAUCUGCUUAUAAAGCUGUUGGAAGUUCAUAGGCUAUUUCCAAGCCACAUCUGUUUUCAAACACUAAGCAUGUUUUUCUUCCCCCACCCCCCUAUUUUCCCCUCUCUAAGACAGGGUAUUGCCUUACAAAUCAGGAUAACUCCAAACUGGAGACUCUCUCACCUCAGCCUCUUGCUUCAGUGCCUGCCUUUAAGUAUUACUUUUUAAACUGUUUUGCUGGGUUCUUUUCAAACAAACAAACAAAGCAUUCUGAGGUAAAACCUUCACCAAAAUGGUACUUAUGUAAUAGAUUUAAUUUAUAUUCACUGUAGAAUUGAACUUUGAGGGAGUCUAUAAUUUCAUUACUGCACUUUAAAAUCUAAUUUAUGUUUGUUGCUAUGGAUCUUCAUUUUUAUGCAGCCUAGUUCUGAAUAUUCAGAGGAAACUGACAGUUGAAUUAGCAAAGGACAAAGAUGGACAAUUAUCUUGUGAAAACACAUUUUAAAACCACAUCCUGGUGUCUGCCUGUUGACUAGUUCUCUUCCUGGGCCAUCUUUGGACGUAUUUCCUAAUGCCAGCAACUAGAUUCUUGGACCAAUGAAGUUCUAGCACUGAUAUCCAUGAAACUCUCACCCCAGGCUUGACAUGUUGCCGGUGUGCGGUCUAUGGCUCUGAGGGUUUAGACGCAGAGACUCCCAACAGAAGUUUGUUGUUCUUGCUGCCAGCUAAGCUUGGAGAAGAGAGUCAUGUCAUAUAACUGGAUGGGUUUUGUGACAUCUGUCUGGACGCCUGUGCCAUUUACCUGUCUGGGCGUUCUGAGAGCACUUGGAGUUCGGCUGGUGCCAGCUGCAGACUUCAGCCAGGAUGCGAGUGUUCCUUUGGAAACCUUCCCUUCCUCAGGCAACUCCUUAUGCGAUACUUUGUAUUUUCUUUCCAUUCUCUGCUGUCUUGCCUGUCCCCCACCCCCACGCCCUCCCCACGCCCCAACCCCCAACCCCCAGAGCUUCUGAGAGGUUCUGCCCCCAACUGUGUAGCAGGAAGUGUCCAGGAGUACCCCCAGGGUAGCGCCUGCCAAGUGUGCACUCCUACUCUGAGAGGGUUCUCACCUUGGCACCAGAAAGGUUCUGAGAUGACUGUGUGAGACUCCAUAACUUCUGCAGUCUGAGCUAAGACAUACUGUCAGGGAACCUAGGAGGCGGGGUUUGCUGGCAAGAAACACCAAAGGCUUAAGAUUAAGCUGAAACCAAAGAGACUCUGAAGGUGCUGCUUUCUGUUGUUUCUAAAGCCAAGAACCCAAGCUAUCUUAAAUGCCUUAGGUUUCAGUUCAAGCAGAGGGAAGGAGCGGAUACUGUAGCUCUACACUGGGAGAAUGGAGGAAAAUGUUUCUUUUUAAUAAACAGUUGUUUAUAGAACAUUAGGGCUGCAGUCCUCAGAUUUCCAGGUAAAGUUACAAGCCUGUCUGGCCCAAGAGGUAAAAAGAAGGGGCCCUGAUGUUUUUGUCAAGGUGUUUAGUGAGCUUAGCUUAGCACUGCAGCAGGUUGUCUUGUCCUUACCCAGGAGUGCUGAGUGUGUGUGUACACUCACGCUGUCAGGGUUUGCUCUCAGGAGGCCAGUCAAUCAGGCAUCCCUGACAGCCUACCAGAAGUGAAUGCCAGCUCCCGCCCCUGCUUCAGAGAUAGUCAAUAUGAAGGGAGUUGUGAUUUCUGGAAGCAGUGUGCUACAUCAAUUCCAUUCCUUGGUGACCAGAAACACUGAGUGUUGGUGUGAGACAGAGCUUAGCUUGGGGACAUUGACUGAGCCACUGUCCCUGGGACAAUAUGUUCUCAUUUCAGCCAUGGUGUGGUCAGAGAUACCCACUUUAGUCAGGCACACUGGGCUAGGUCUGGUGGCCCAAUCUGCCCACUGCCUUGUGAUUCAGUAAUAAACCCGAGAGCUUGUUUGUCCUUAAAUCUGAACAUCAUAUCCUUUUUUUUUUUUUGUGUGUGUGUGUGUGUAUGUGUGGUUUUUUUUUUAAGUUAACUACUUUUUAUAUUCCUUGUACUUUGCAAUUUGUGAAAACACAGAAAUGAGGUGGAAUGUUUUAUUUGAACUCACUCAGCUCUAUAGCCCCACCGAUGGUUCUAAUGGAGGAGGAGGGAGAGAAGGUAAAGAUUUGGCCCGAGCAUGCUCAGUGCCGGUCGGUCCAUUUACACCUUUGCCUUUAAAACAUUCCCGUGGAAGAACUCAGCAAUGCUCCCUUGGACACUUUGUCACUGAGGUUGGUUGAGUUUGCCUUGCCGAUGACUGUCAAGUGGUUUCCACCCUAGGUUUAGUACACACGUUUGCUUUUCACUUUCGUUAGUUUGGGAACACAACAGGAAAUACAUAGCGACUGCCAGCUGCCACUUGACAUAGCCAUAUUCACCCAUUCCUACAGGAAGCCUGUGAAAUGAAAAAGAGGGUCUAUUCUGAAGAGCCCAGGGUGCUCAGUGUUUCCGUAGGGCUGGUUGGUGCUUUCCACAGCUUGUCACUGGCAAAGCGAAGGAAAAUGUGAUUUGUUGUAUCACUUAAGGGUGGGACAUUUCUCUGUCCCUCCAGUGUUUUCUUACCUAGUUAUUUUUAUGGAAAAAGAUAAUCCUCAAGUUACAUUCUGUUAUGACUGACACUUUCUUUGUUUGAAAUAUUGUACUGAAUCCAUAGUUUAGAGUGUGGCAUAAACACACACAUCAACAUUGUCGCAUAUCCAUAAACUGUUUGUGCAUCUGACACCUAUGAACCACGGAGCUGUGUUCAUUUUUGUUUCGUUGGACUAUGGAAGGAAAUGUCUUCAAAUAAAAUAGUUCUCAAUCAGC